ACUACAGGGAUAAAUUUACAAAUAUGCAGAUAUUAGUCAUCAGAAAACGGCGACGUUUAAGAAAACCCCAAUUUUCCGAUUAAACACAGUAGUAGUAACUCAAAACCCUCAAAUCCUCAAUCGCCAUUGUUUACGAAUUUGAAGAGAUCUCACAGAUGAGAAGUGCUUUAGGAAGAAGAUUAUCAAACCCUAAUGGCUUCACCAUUGCAUCCAUAGUCAAGCAAACUCCAUUUCUCAUCCAAUCCACAUCUCAUUUCUCCUCUUCCUCCGACUCCUCCGGCCGUGGUCGUGGACGCGGUUCCGGUGAAGAUGGAGGAUUUCCCUCCGCUGGAAGGGGACAAUUCGGUGUAAAUCGUGAACCAGUGGUUCCUGGACGUGAACCAUCAUCUACCGGAGGUUAUGGUCAUGGUCGUGGUCGUCCGAUCCAAUCUGAUUCGAUAUCUCCUGCGUUUUCGUCAUUUGUCAAAUCGGAUUCUCCUAGCGUUGGCCGUGGAAGAGGAUCCGUUGGAUCAGAUUCCGUUUCACCUUUCGCUCCUGAACCUCCUCGCCAACCGCCGCCUCCACCGCAGCAACAACAGUCUCAAUUGCAGCAACCGCGUUCACCACCACAACAGCAGCCGCGUUUGCAAACGCAGCCCAAUGAUGAAUCUCAGGGAAGUCCUGUAUUUGUGAAGCUGCAGGAGAUGCAGGACGCAACUUCGUCUCCAUCACCACCAGAGUCUAAAUCUGGUCAAGCUGAUCCACCUGAUAACAUAUUCAAUGCGUUAGGAAGCGAAUUUUCACAUCCUAGUGGAGCAGGUCGAGGAAAGCCUCUUGUGGACUCUGCUCCAAUCCAACAAGAAGAUAACCGUCAAAUUCGACGUCCUCAGCCUCUGCCUCCGCCGCCGCAGCAGCAGCAACAAAGAGCACAACCGCAGCAGAAGCGGGCUCCAACUGUCAAGGAUGAAACUCCUAAGCCGCAAUUGAGUAGGGAAGAGGCUGGAAGAAGAGCAAGGAGCGAGCUUUCGCGUGGUGAAGCUGAAGGAGGUGGUGUGAGAGGAAGAGGAGGGAGAGGGAGAGGAAGAGGAGCAAGAGGGAGAGGUAGAGGAAGAGGUGGUGACGGAUGGAGAGAUGAUAAGAAAGAAGAAGAAGGUGAACAAGAGGCUAUGAGUAUAUUCGCUGGUGAUUCAGCUGAUGGAGAGAAGUUUGCUCAGAAAAUGGGACCUGAAUUGAUGAAAACGUUAGCUGAAGGUUUUGAGGAAGUUUGUGAAAAGGCGUUGCCUUCUACUACUCAUGAUGCCAUUAUAGAUGCAUAUGAUACCAAUCUCAUGAUUGAGUGUGAGCCAGAAUACAUUAUGCCUGACUUUGGAUCGAAUCCUGACAUUGAUGAGAAGCCACCAAUGUCUCUGCGCGAGUGCCUUGAGAAGGUGAAGCCUUUCAUAGUGGCUUACGAGGGAAUCAAGGAUCAAGAAGAAUGGGAGGAAGCAAUUAAUGAAGCGAUGGCGCAGGCUCCCCUUAUGAAAGAGAUUGUUGAUCACUACAGUGGUCCUGAUCGAGUAACUGCUAAGAAACAGAACGAGGAACUCGAUAGAAUUGCUACCACGAUUCCCGCUAGUGCACCUGAUUCCGUGAAACGAUUUGCAGAUCGUGCAGCUCUUACUCUUAAGAGUAAUCCUGGUUGGGGAUUUGACAAGAAAUACCAGUUCAUGGACAAGCUCGUUUUGGAGGUGUCACAAAGCUACAAAUAGAGAACUCAGGUUUCCUACUUUAUUAAAAAACUUCAUCGCCGGUUGAGUUUAUGGAUCGUAUUCUAGAUCUUGCCUCUACUUAAAACGGUACCCCAUUUCUUUUGAACAAGUACUCGAAAUUUGGGCGUUAGCUUUUACGUCAUACGUUUUGAGGGUUUCCGUAAUAACGGCAUUGUUCUUUC